GAAAACUCACCAUCACCAUUCUCAUUCACCACACAACACACACCUUCUUCUCCUAUAACACAAAACACACACACACACACACACUCCCCCAUCACCUACUCAUUUUUCUAAUCUCCUUCAUUCUCUCAAAGCUCUCUUUCCAACACCAACACCAACCUCUCCUCAUCACAACACCAUUCUCAAAACUCCUCCCUACUUGUGUUUUGUGCUUGUUCUGCAUUUGUCCCUCUUUGGUUGAACCACUUCCCACCAACACACACUUUUUUUUUUUCAUAUCAAACACCCAACAAAAAGAGAGCGGGGGAUAUCAAAAGUUAUCAAAAGGGUCACACUGUACCAUUACCAAAAUCACUUUUUGUCCUUCAAGUUUCAAUCUUUGGCUUUUUAACUAGCUUCUGUGAAAUGGGGUCUGUGUGGUUCUUCUGAGAAACCCCAUCAUGGAUCUUGAGUCUGUGAUCUACAAGAACCCAAAUAAGGAGCAAUCAUGGAAGACAGUGUUGAUUCUGGCAUAUCAGAGCUUGGGGGUUGUCUAUGGAGACUUGAGCACUUCCCCACUCUACGUUUACAAGAGCACCUUUGCUGAGGACAUUCAGCAUUCAGAAACCAAUGAAGAAAUCUAUGGAGUUUUGUCCUUUGUGUUCUGGACUUUGACACUGAUUCCUCUGUUCAAGUAUGUGUUCAUUGUGCUCCGAGCUGAUGACAAUGGUGAAGGAGGGACUUUCGCUCUGUACUCGUCGCUUUGCCGGCAUGCCCGUAUUAGCUUGUUGCCUAGCACUCAGCUUGCGGAUGAGGAUUUGACUCAGUACACUAUUGAUGGAGAAGUUCCUGUGGACAAGAAGAAUGUUGGGUCGGGGUUGAAAUCUUUGUUGGAGAAACAUAGGGUGUUGCAGAGGGUUCUGCUUGUUCUGGCUUUGAUUGGGACUUGCAUGGUUAUUGGAGAUGGUGUUCUAACACCAGCAAUUUCUGUUUUCUCUGCAGUGUCAGGUUUGGAGCUUUCCAUGUCCAAAGAGCACCACAGAUAUGUGGAGGUUCCAGUUGCUUGUGUAAUACUGCUAUUUUUGUUUGCCCUUCAACAUUAUGGCACGCACCGCAUGGGAUAUCUUUUUGCACCUGUUGUGCUGACCUGGCUGCUCUGCAUAAGUUCUAUUGGUGUUUAUAAUAUCUUUCACUGGAAUCCACAUGUCUAUGAAGCUCUCUCCCCAUACUACAUGUACAAAUUUCUGAAAAAGACUCGAACGGGAGGAUGGAUGUCCUUGGGUGGGAUUCUGUUGUGUAUAACCGGUUCAGAAGCUAUGUAUGCUGAUUUAGGACACUUUACACAAUUGUCGAUUCAGAUUGCUUUCACCUUUUUGGUAUACCCUUCUUUGAUCCUAGCAUACAUGGGACAAGCUGCGUAUCUUUCCAAGCAUCAUGAAAAUGGAAGUGACUAUCGAAUCGGGUUUUAUGUAUCUGUACCUGAAAAUCUUAGGUUGCCUGUUCUUGCAAUAGCGAUACUUCAAGCUGUGGUUGGAAGUCAAGCUGUCAUCACAGGGACUUUCUCAAUAAUCAAACAAUGUUGUGCUUUGGGAUGUUUCCCCAAAGUCAAAAUCAUUCAUACAUCAUCAAAGAUACAUGGCCAGAUUUACAUUCCUGAGAUAAACUGGAGUUUGAUGCUGCUUUGCCUGGCUAUUACAAUUGGAUUUCGAGAUACGAAACGCAUGGGAAAUGCUGCAGGUUUGGCUGUUAUAACUGUCAUGCUGGUGACCACUUGCCUAAUGUCUCUAGUGAUAGUCUUAUGUUGGCACAAAAAUGUUUGGCUUGCUAUCUGCUUUAUGUUGUUCUUUGGCUCCAUUGAAGCACUUUAUUUCUCUGCAUCCCUCAUCAAGUUCCUUGAGGGGGCUUGGGUCCCUAUUGCCCUCUCACUCAUCUUUCUAAUUGUCAUGUAUGUGUGGCACUACGGCACAAUGAAGAAGUAUGAGUUCGAUGUUCAAAACAAGGUCCCCAUCAAUUGGCUUCUGGGUUUGGGCCCCACUCUCGGAAUUGUUAGGGUUAAGGGAAUUGGCCUCAUACAUACUGAGCUUGUAUCUGGGAUCCCAGCUAUUUUCUCUCACUUUGUUACCAAUCUUCCUGCUUUCCAUCAAGUUGUAAUCUUCCUCUGCGUCAAAUCUGUCCCGGUACCACAUGUCAGACCUCAAGAAAGGUUCUUAGUGGGCAGAGUUGGCCCAAAGGAAUAUAGGCUUUAUAGGUGCAUAGCACGCUACGGCUACCGUGAUGUUCACAAGGAUGACCUUGAGUUUGAGAAGGAUCUUGUUUGCAGUAUAGCAGAAUUUAUCCGAUCAGAUACCUCUGAAUAUGGCUUAGGACUUGGAGACUUUGAAGAUGAUACAAAGAUGGCAGUUGUUGGGACUUCAGCAUCAAACUUGGAAGGUGUAAGGAUGUCUGAAGACGGUGAGGAUGAUUCUCAAAUGGAAGGCACUUCGGAGUUGAGGGAGGUUAAGUCUCCGGAAAAGGUGAGGAAGCGAGUGAGGUUUGUUGUGCCGGACAGUCCUCGGAUUGAUUUGGAUGUAAGGGAUGAGCUGCAUGAGCUAAUGGAAGCAAAGGAGGCAGGAAUGGCAUUUAUAAUGAGUCACUCAUAUGUGAGAGCAAAACGAGGAUCAAGCUGGAUAAAGAAAGUUGUUAUCAAUUUUGGGUAUGAUUUCUUAAGGAGAAACUCUAGAGGACCAACUUAUGCUUUAAGUUUACCUCAUGCUUCUACCCUAGAGGUUGGCAUGAUCUAUCAUGUCUAGAGUUUUGGCUAGUGGUAAUCUAGAUAUAGUUUUGUAACUAAGGAUCUUGUCAGAUAGGUGAACCUUAUACAUGAUAAAUGGAAAUGGAUUCUCUGUA